AUGCCUGCAGAAGGGUUUGUAGUGACACAAGUUGCAACGUCAUGUGGCUCUGAUGGCCACAGUUUAGCAGUGACAGACAGUGGAGAGGUGUUCUCCUGGGGAGAUGGAGAUUAUGGUAAAUUAGGACAUGGCAACUCUGAUCGCCAGAGAAGACCACGACAGAUUGAAGCGUUCCAAGGACAGGAAAUUAUCCAGUUAGCCUGUGGAUUCAAACACACAGCUGUGGUCUCAUCUGAUGGCAAACUCUUCACCUUUGGGAAUGGGGAUUAUGGCAGAUUAGGUCUUGGCUCAACUGCAAACAAGAAACUUCCAGAGAGAGUAAUGGCUCUUGAUGGCUGGAGAAUUGGGCAAGUUGCAUGUGGAUUAAAUCAUACUGUUUGUAGUAGUGCUGAUGGAAACACUGUAUGGGCUUUUGGGGAUGGUGAUUAUGGAAAAUUAGGGCUUGGUAACUCAACAUCUAAAUCUACUCCCCAGAAGGUGGAGGCAAUGUGUGGGGUUGGUAUAAAGAAAGUGUGUUGUGGCACUCAGUUUACAGUGUUCCUCUCUAAAGAUGGCCGGGUCUACACUUGUGGAAUGGAUCGUCUCAUUGGCCAGCCAGAAUCUCGCACUAGAGGUCAUAAUCGCCCUCAGCAAGUUCCAGUCCUUGUGAACCACGUGGUGCUGGACGUAGCGGUCGGUUCAGAGCACACGCUAGCCCUCACGUCUACCGGUGAUGUGUUUGGAUGGGGGGUUAACAGUGAUGGGCAGUUGGGCCAAGGACACUCUGCAGCAGUGAGAGAGCCCCAGCUCGUUCGGACAUUGUCGGGGAAAGGGAUUCGUCAGAUCAGUGCUGGACGCAGCCAUAGUGCAGCAUGGACAGCUCAUCCACUUCCUCCCGUGACACCAGGGAAUCCAGCUCCCAUGCAACUUGGUGUUCCAGCGUCAGUGCCUCCACAGUACCCUAACCUUCAGAGUGUUUCAAGAGGUGCUCUUUGUGCUCGACUGCGACUCUUGCAUCAGUUCAGUGACUUACUUUAUUCGUCGUGGAAACUCAUUACUCUAACCCCGGGUACUGAUUGUUAUAUAGAUAAUGUGAGUGCAGUCACAUCAGCCUCCGUACGUUCCCUUGUGUCACCCAGGGUCUACACACUGCCCCUGGUACGUUGCCUGGGUCGCACUAUGGUUCAGGGACGUAAUUAUGGUCCGCAGGUGACAGUAAAGAGGAUAUCCAGUAGAGGAGCUCCCUGCAAGCCCAUCUUCACACAGUUGGCUCGACAGGUUGUCAAGUUAAAACCUGCUGACUUACGGCUUCCAUCCAGAGCUUGGAAGGUCAAACUUGUUGGAGAAGGAGCAGAUGAUGCAGGAGGAGUAUUUGAUGACACUAUGACAGAGAUGUGUCAUGAGUUGGUGACAGGAGCUGUGCCACUACUCAUGCCCACACCCAAUGCCAUAUCUGAUGCCGGCAACAACCGAGAUCGCUUUCUGCUAAACCCAGACCUUACACAGCCACACCACCUCAUCUGGUUUAAAUUUCUAGGGAUAUUGUUUGGUAUUGCUAUCCGUACCAAGAAACCCCUGGCACUGCCUCUUGCCCCUCUGGUAUGGAAACUCUUGGCUGGCAUUGCUCCAUCGUCAGCAGACUUAGAAGAGGUCGAUAUGGAGUACAUGCAGAGUUUGAGGGCCAUCAGAGACAUUGAUCAAGAUGGUGUUACUGAGGAGACCUUUCAUGAUGUUAUUCCCCUUGAGAGCUUUGAGUGUAUGAGCAUGACUGGUGUACGAGUAUCCGUUGUGCCAGGGGGCCGAGCUGUCCCUCUCACUUUCACAAAUCGGCAGGAAUACGUCAACCGCACAAUCCACUACAGAUUACAUCAGAUGGACAGGCAGGUGAGUACAGAUUGUGGCAAGUACUUACAGGGAAACAGACAGUACAGGCAAUACGUAACAAUGCCCACACAUCAAGCAUCCGCAGCCAACAAUGCCCACACGCCUGAACAAUACCUUAAUGAUAUACGCAGCCUGAGCAUCCGCAUCAGAAUGCCACACAGCCUAGCAUCACGCACAACAAUACCCACACGCAUGAGCCACAUGUAA